AGUACAUAUUUGACAUUUAUAAAAAAAGAACAAGCAUUUACUGAAAAUAUUAAACAAGCGGCGUUUCUUUUUUCGUGAAAAAAGUAAUAAAUAAUUUAUUCCGCACAAUAUAAAAUAAAAUAAAAAAAUUUAUUUAAACAUUUAAAAAACAUAUUUUAACACUAUAUAAUUUUGAAUAUAUAAACUACAUUAACCCUUCUUUGUUAGAGGUGGUUUUGACAACAACAUGGCUGAAUAUUUGGCGUCCAUUUUUGGCACAGAAAAAGACAAAGUAAAUUGUUCUUUUUAUUUUAAAAUCGGAGCUUGCCGUCAUGGUGAUCGUUGUUCCCGCAUACACAAUAAGCCUACCUUUUCGCAAACUGUUUUACUACAGAAUUUGUACGUAAAUCCUCAGAAUUCGGCCAAAUCAGCAGAUGGCUCCCAUUUGGUAGCCAAUGUGUCCGAUGAAGAGAUGCAAGAACAUUAUGAUAACUUUUUUGAAGAUGUAUUUGUCGAAUGUGAAGACAAAUAUGGAGAAAUUGAAGAAAUGAAUGUUUGUGACAAUUUGGGUGAUCAUUUGGUGGGUAAUGUUUAUAUUAAAUUUCGCCAUGAGGCAGAUGCCGAAAAGGCGGCCAAUGAUUUAAACAAUAGAUGGUUUGGUGGACGUCCAGUAUAUUCGGAAUUAUCACCAGUUACCGACUUUCGUGAAGCCUGUUGUCGCCAAUAUGAAAUGGGUGAAUGUACCCGUUCGGGAUUUUGCAAUUUCAUGCACUUGAAACCCAUAUCCCGAGAAUUAAGGAGAUAUUUGUAUUCCCGUAGACGUCGUACGCGUUCACGUUCUCGCUCUCCCCGUCGCAGACGUUCCCGCUCUCGUGAAAAUCGUCGUCGUUCUCGCAGCCGUGAACGUGGUGGUAGCGACAAUCGUAAGGGACGUUACUAGACCUGUUAUAUACCGAAAUGAAGCAAGCAACCGUUACUAUUUCCAGCGAUAUCCGAGAAAAUAAAUUAAAAACCAUUUAUAAAUUUAAGUUUCCCCCUCUUAAAAAUGUCUAUAGAAAUUAUAUAUUUGUCUAGAAAAGCAUUAAUAAAACAACAUAGGCUUUACAAAAAAA